GAAAGCAUUUGGCUAUCUAUUUCACAGCAAUUCUGCUGUCUUGUGUGUGGGCAGAUGAAAAAAAGGUAACUGCACAAGAGGGAGCAACUGUCACCUUACAGACAGGAGACAGCGGAAGCCACAGUGACAUCAAGAUAGUGUGGACUUUUGCAACUGAACAGCCAAACAUGCGUAUUGCCAGUGUGAAGAGCGGCACAGUGAGGACUGACUAUGAUGAGCGUUUCAGAGGUAGACUGCAGGUGGACAGUCGGACUGGAGCUCUGAACAUCAAAAAGCUCAGAGUCAGUGACUCUGGGGUUUACAUGUGGCAGUCCAUCAGCAGCAACGUCUUAUCCCAGAGUUUCCACCUUACUGUUUACAGCUCAGUCUCCACUCCAGCCAUAAAAGUCAAUUCAUGUUUUGUCAACACAAACUGCAGUUCCCUCACGGUGGAGUGUUCUGUGGAGAACAGCAGAGAGCUGAUCCUGUCCUGGUUCAGAGGGAGAGAGAGACUGAAAAAUACAAGCAGUCCUCAUCUGUCUACCAGGAUUGCUCUUCCUCUGGAGAUACAGUAUUGUGAUGGCGACAGCUACAGCUGCUUGGCUGAAAAUCCAGUGGAAGAAAAAGCAACCAAACUGGAUACAGAGGACACAUGUCUGCAGAAUGGAGAGAGUAGCAGCUGGUGUCAGACUGAAGGCACAGUGCGACUGGUUAUCUCUGCUGUUGUCGGCAUGGCUUUGGUUGUUCUUAUCGUGGACUACAUGAGACUCUGA